AUGAAUCGAAUGUACAAAACUUACUGCAAAAUUGAACUCAAGAAAAAUCCAAGAAUGGUGGAGGAUGACCCUCAGGAAGACCUGGAGGAUGACAACAGUCGCUCUGCUGAAAUCACCGACACUCUUUACAGUGCCACAUUCUGUAACCUGCCCCGUGCAGAGUAUUGGCUCAGGGAGACGUCCAGCCAUGAGACACAUUAUCGUGAUCAUGUUUGUACUGUGAUUGCCAAAACUGGAAAUAUUGUAGUCUUGAAAUGGGCACGACAAAAAGGAUUCCCGUGGAAUGGGUGGACAUGCGAAUCGGCUGCUCAAAAUGGACAUUUGGAUAUUUUGAAAUGGGCUCGUGCCAAUGGUUGCCCAUGGGAUCAUUGGACAUGUAAAAACGCUGCUCGAUUUGGGCAUUUGGAAGUUUUGAAGUGGGCUCAUGAAAAUGGUUGUCCAUGGAAGGCGUCAACCUGUGGGGCUGCCGCUCGAAAUGGGCAUUUGGAGGUUCUGAAGUGGGCACGUGCAAAUGGUUGCCCUUGGCAUGCUUUGACAUGUGCCCGAGCUGCCGAAGGUGGACAUUUGGAAAUUCUUCAAUGGUUGCGUGAAAAUGGUUGUCAGUGGAAUGCAUGGACAUGUGCUCGAGCUUCUGGAGGUAGCCAUUUGGAAAUCUUGAAGUGGGCUCAUGCAAAUGGCUGUCGUUGGGAUGUAUCAGUAUGCUGGUGUGCUGCUGCAGAUGGAAAACCUGGAAAUUCUCCAAUGGUGCAUGAAAUGGUUCCAUGGAAUGCAUCAACAUGUGAGAAAGCUGCUCUAGGUGGCCACUUGGAAAUUUUGAAGUGGGCUCGUGCAAAUGGUUGUCAUGGAAGCUCAACAUGUGGCUGCGCUCAAAAUGGCAUUGGAGUUUUGAAGUGGGCUCGUGCAAAUGGUUGCCCUUGGCAUGUUUUGACAUGUGCUCGAGCUGCUGAAGGUGGACAUUUGGAAGUGUAA